AUGUCAUUCCGACCGCAGUAUGGGGUGCCGUAUAAUCGUAAGUAUUUUUUAUUUUCAAAUUUGAAUGCAAUCGAAAAAAAAACAAAAUAAUUACGAAAUGAUUGCUCAGUUGUUUUCUUUUUUCACAUGACUGAAUUCGACAUUUUUGUUUAUUUCUCGCCAUGAUUUUUCAAUGAAUCAUUCAAAAAUCCUCGAAUUUUUACUGAAAAAGUAAUGUUUCCGUUUCCUCGGAAUCUAUAAAUUUCGUUUCGUUCCUCGAAAAAAAGAUGAAUCGAAAAAUUGAAUUCCCUAGUGUACUUGUUGAUCAAAUUUCCCCUCUUUUCAUGGCGAAAAAAUCUUUGCCCAAUUUUUUGUAUCAUCAUAAAAGAACGAAAAAUAAUAAUAAUAAUAGUUUUGUUCCGGUCGACGAGUUCUUGUUCAUUCAUUCGAUCCCUGAAUGUAUUCAGCGACAAAAUUCAGACAAAACAAAAAAGCCCCCAAGGCAUAAUGCAUAGUUGAUGUUUUACUAGUGGAAUGCAUUUUUUUCCUUUUUGCCUCCAUUAGCCUUAUUGCUCUUCGCCCUCCCUUCUUUUGUGCCUUUCUAUUCUUUUUUCCACACAUUGCACAUCCUUUUUUGAGCUGAGCUCUUCCUACUUUUUGGCGACCGAAAAAUUAGUUAUUCAUUUUGUCUGUGAUGUAUUCGCUAGUUCUAUUGAGAGCAGGUUUGUUUAUCUUUAUUCAAAACCAAAAAAAAUCUUUGAAUAUCAAGUUUCAGUCAUGUGGAAAUUUAUAUAAAUUAUUUAAUUGAUUUUAAUUCUAAAAAUAAUAGUUUUUUUGUUUCAGAUUAUCCCCAACAGCCGAUUGUUUUUGGACAAAUGAGAAUGCCUGGGCAAAUUGUAAGUUUUUAUUUUUUUCUACUGAUAAAUUAACGCUUCAAUUUCUUUCAGCCUCCACCUCGUGAAAUGCCACCAGCCCCGGUUUUUGUUGGAAAUAUAUCCGAAAAAUGUUCAGAUGAAUUUAUGAAGAAAAUGUUAGAAGAGUGUGGUCAGGUGUCGAGUUGGAAACGGAUUCAAGGAACCAAUGGAAAAUGGCAGGGAUUUGGAUUUUGCAAUUUUUCAGAUGCCGAAGGAACUCUUCGCGCUUUACGAAUCUUGAAUGAUUUCCAUUUGGGAGACAAAAAAUUGACAGUGAAGGCGGAAGAAAAAGUUAGAAUUGAUUUGAGAAAAAGUGCGAUUGAGACUCGAAAACGUCAAGGUCCGUUUUGUUUGGUUUUCAACAAUAAUGAAAUGUAUUUAUUUCUAGGUAAAAAUGAUCUGAAAUUGAAGGAAGAUGAAUUGCCAGCCGAUGAGGAGGAUUUGAAAAAAGACGAAGAAAUUCGAUUGAAAAUAUUACAUUGGAUAGAACACGAUCAUCCAGAAUUAUUGACUGUUGCUGAAGGUAAUUAUUAUUAUUAUUUCAUUUACAUUUAAUUUUUUCUAAUUAUUAUUUUGUAGACGGCGAGAUUUCGGAUAAGGAAAUGAAAAAAGAAAUAGGAAAAGAUCGAUCACCAGAUCGAAAUAAAAAGGUGAGAUUUUAUUUGAAAAAUAAACUAGUUUUGGCGCUGGUAAAUUCCCAAAAAAGGAUGAGUUUGUAUCAACUUUUUAAACUAUAUAGGGCUCUAACAACAAUCAACUUUUGGAGAGCGAUAAGUAAGUUGAAAACCAAAAAUAUUCAAAAAAAAAUCAAAAACAUCAUCAUCAAAAUUCUAUAUAUGUUCUCACCAAAAAUUAUCUCGUUCACUAUGUUUGUUAAUUUUUAUUUCAAAAAUGUCCUUGCACUGUUUUGUUUUUGUUUCUCACAUAUUCACACGCCAAAUACUAACCCUCAAUUUGAGAUGCGCUUUUUAUCCUCCCAAAAAUGUGUCGUUUUUUUGUGCAUGCUGUGUUUUUUCUAAUUUAAUCAAUAAUUAUCUAACAAAUUGAAAGUCUAUAAAAGAAAUUUUCAGAUUUUUCCAAGUAAUGAAAAGAAAAGAAGUUUGGACGUUGUGAGGUGAUUUUUUAUUUAAAUACCCAAUUCUAGAUUUUGUCGAGAAAAAUUAUGUAUUAAUUAGGUGAUUUUACAGAUUUUGCAUAAUAUAAUUGCGAUUUGACGUAAGUUGAAAAUAACUUGAAUUAAAUUUCAUUAUUAUACAUAUAUUUAAUUAUGUAAAUCUUCAACCUUUUCUCUUUUUCUCUCUCUCUCACAAUCUCUCGCUUCUACGUCCUCUCUGCAUGCUAUAUUGUGUUUUUUAUUAUUUAUUAUUUAUCAUAUCAUCAUUGAAAGUGAUCAAAAUGAGAAAACAGAAAAACAUAUAUUGUGUGCGAAUUGUCUUUCUAUAUUUAUUCAUACCAUUAAAAUUUAUUAUUUUUUUGGAAAUGAAUGAUGAAAAUCUAGGAAGCAAGCAAGCAAAGCUUGAUUUAUUCAAAAAUCAGUUUAAAAUUAUACAAUUUUGAAUUUUCAGGAUCGGAGGCGAAGAUCAAGGAGUCGAAGCAGAUCACAGAGAAAUAAGUGAGACAAUACAAAAAAAUAUUCUGAAUUCAAAAGUUUGUUUUUUUGUAGGAGACGGCGAAGUCGUAGUAGUUCAUCAUCAUCAGAUAGUCGAUCUUCGAGAAGUUAUUCAUCAGGAUCAUCGCGAUCCAGAUCAAGAACACCUGCGAAAAAGACGACGUCGAAGAGAAGAAGAGAAAGGAGCGGAACUAGGUUUUUUUUUGGUUUUGAUUUUUUGAAAUUAUAUUCACAAGUCUCUUUUAGAAGAAGCCACAGAAUUCAGUGCUUAAUUUGAAUUUUGGGUUUGAUUUUUAAGAGAACUGAAAAUAUUCAACAUUUGAUAUCAUUAUGAUAUUAUAAUAACAAAUCCCCACUUCAUUUUCGAGAGCUAAACAUUCUCAUAUUCUCUCAUUUUUUCAAAAUGUGUUUUUUAGCCAUCAAAAAAUGUUUUCCUUGUUUUAACCCAUAAAUAUUCCAACUUCAUCCAAUAUGCAUUUUUCAGAAGUUCUGAAGACGAAGAAGAUGCUCGUGAGCGGCGGCUAAUUAAACAACAAUUCAAAGAAAAAGAACUGACCUAUUUUAAUCGGCUAAAAAAGAUGGGAAACUCGCGAGAAACAUUUUGCAAAAGAUUACGAAAAAGAGGAGCGAAAAGAAAAAGAUCGGAAGAAUUUUAUGCAGAAAGAAGCGAAACGUCUUCGUUUAUUUCUCGAAGACUAUGAAGAUGAUAAAGAUGAUCAGAAAUAUUAUAAAAGUUCGAUGUUGUUUAAAAGAAAACGAGAUUAUGAAUUGGAAUUGCAAGCUGAUCAAAAAGAUCGUUUGAGAGAACAACAAGAAAUUGAAGAAUUGAAAAAACAGAUAAUGGAAGAAAAUAAUGGAGAGGAUAAUAUAAUAAAUGUGGAAGAAGAAGCUAUGAAAAGGCAUCAACAAAAAGAAGAUGAAGCUAUGAGAAAAUUAAGAGCUGAUUCUGGAAGUCCGAAUCCUCAUCAACCAUUGGGACAAAAUGGAGAUGAAGAAGAAGAAGAGGAAGAAGAAGAAAGUAGUAGUUCGGAUGGAAGUGACAGUGGAGAUGAUGAAAAGGAUAAAACCGAGAAGAAAGAUGUUGGAGAAAUAGAAGCCGAAGAAAUUAAUAAUGGGUAAGUUUAGUAAAGUUAUAUUGGAAAAUGUUAGGAAUUUAUCCGAACUCUCAUUUUUAAGUAAUUUCAAAUUAUAAUUAAAAUGUUUUUCUCUGUCAGAAACCCAAAUUAAAGUUUCCUUCAAAAAAUUCAAAAUUCUUCAGGAGCCUCGACAUUGACACACCUGAACCUCCGAAACCGCCUGGUGGUUGGAAAGCACUUGGAAGUACAGAAGAGACUAAUAUCAUCAGACCAAAUAAGAGUCCUAAUGGAAAUCAGGCAACAUCUAAUUCGAAUUCUCAUCCUCCAAGUUCAGCCGGAGUUUCGUUGUUCCAACCGAUUGCGCAGAGAUUGAAUGGAGUUUUUGGUGGGUUUUCAGGGAAAAUUUAACAACAAAUCAAAUUUGGUAUACAAUUUUGACUAGAGCUAUUUUUUCGGCACUUCUGAAUUUACGAUUCAAAAUUAACCUAUCUAUUUCCAACUUUUUCCUCGGAAAAUAACCCUAUUUUCAGGCAAUGAUGAUGAAGACGAUGAUACAAAUAGUAAGAAAAAGCUGAAACCACUUGAAAUUACGCGCGAAGAACGAAUGCAAGUAAUGUCGGCUGAAGAGAAGAAGACUUUAUCUCGCCAAAUUAUCAAAAAUCUACCAACUGGUCGCGAGGAUCUGUUUGCCACUUCCAUCGAAUGGGAUUUCAUUGACAAAAGUGUGAUGGAAACACGAAUCAAACCGUGGGUCACGAAAAAAGUGCAAGAAUUUUUGGGCGAAGAAGAGACGCAGUUGGUGGAUUUUAUUUGUGAGAAAAUUGAGGCGAGAUCGUCGCCUGAACAGAUUUUGAAAGAUAUUGCUAUGGUGAGUUAAUGUUUUCUCUGUCAGAAAUUAAAGUUUCCUUCAGUUCAAUUUUGGCAUUUAAUAAAAGUAGAACAUUAGUUUUGAGCCAUUCAAGACAGAAGUUUUCAUAAGCUAUUUUAAUAUUCUAAAUACAGAAAAAUUAAAAUCUGAGGAAUAUUGAAAUAAAUCAAACAUAAUGAACUUUCCAAAAAAAAGUUAAAUUUAAAUUUGAUCUCAAAACCAAUCAGUAAACACUCAUUUUCUGCAGAUAAUCGAUGACGAUGCGGAUCAAUUUGUGGUAAAAAUGUGGCGACUAUUAGUAUACGAGGGACGUGCCAGAAAAAUGGGAGUUCAAUAA